CGCAGCGCCCGGCCGCUUGCCGCCGCGUGGGAGCAGCGGGCUCGACGGCGCGGCAGCCCAGCCGCCAUGGCGGCGCACGGGAAGCUUCGGCGGGAACGGGGGCUGCAGGCCGAGUACGAGGCGCAAGUGAAAGAGAUGCGCUGGCAGCUGAGCGAGCAGCUGCGCUGCCUGGAGCUGCAGGGCGAGCUGCGGAGAGAGCUGCUGCAGGAACUGGCCGAGUUCAUGCGACGGCGCGCCGAGGUGGAGCUGGAGUACUCCCGAGGCCUGGACAAGCUGGCCGAACGCUUUGCCAGCCGUGGAGGCCGCCUGGGGGGCAACAGCCGGGAGCAGCAAAGCUUCCGGAAGGAGCCGUCCCUACUGUCCUCCUUGCAUUGCUGGGCUGUGUUGCUGCAGCAAACACGGCAGCAGAGCCGGGACAGUGCGGCCCUCAGCGAAGUGCUGGCCGGGCCUCUGGCUCAGCGUCUGAGUCACAUCGCAGAGGAUGUGGGGCGCAUUGUCAGGAAGAGCAAGGACUUGGUGCAACAGCUGCAGGAUGAGUUGCUGGAAGUGGUCUCAGAGCUGCAGACGGCCAAGAAGACGUACCAGGUGUAUCAUGUAGACAGCAUGAAUGCCGAGGCGAAGCUCCGGGAAGCUGAGCGGCAAGAGGAGAAGCGGGCAGGCCGGAGUGCCCCUGCUGCCACCACCACCAGCACCACCUCUGAGACAGGGCCACUCCGCAAGAGCUCCCUCAAGAAGGGGGGAAAGCUGGUGGAGAAGCGUCAGGCCAAAUUCUUGGAACACAAACUCAAGUGCACCAAGGCACGCAAUGAGUACCUGCUCAGCCUGGCCAGUGUCAAUGCCGCCGUCAGCAACUACUACUUGCAUGAUGUCUUGGACCUCAUGGAUUGCUGUGAUACAGGCUUCCACUUGGCCCUGGGACAGGUGCUCCGGAGCUACACAGCUGCAGAGAGCCGCACCCAAGCCUCCCAGAUGCAGGGCCUGGGCAGCCUGGAAGAAGCUCUGGAGGCCCUGGAUCCUUCAGGGGACAAAGCCAAGGUGCUUGAGGUGCACUCAAUGGCUUUCUGUCCCCCACUGCGUUUUGACUACCAGCCACAUGAGGGUGAUGAGGUGGCUGAGAUCCGGGUUGAGAUGGAGCUGCGGGACGAGAUUCUGCCCAGAGCCCAGAAUAUCCAGAGUCGUCUGGACCGACAGACCAUUGAGACAGAGGAGGUGAACAAGACAUUGAAGGCAACGCUGCAGGCUCUGCUAGAGGUGGUAGCAUCAGAUGAUGGGGACAUGCUCGAUUCUUUCCAGGCUAGUCCUUCCACCGAGUCCCUCAAGUCCACCAGCUCAGACCCAGGCACUCGGCAGGCAGGCCGGAGACGGGGACAGCAACAGGAGACAGAGACCUUCUAUAUGACGAAGCUCCAGGAAUAUCUAAGUGGACGGAGUGUCCUUGCCAAGCUUCAGGCCAAGCAUGAGAAGCUGCAGGAGGCCUUACAACGAGGUGACAAGGAAGAGCGGGAGAUGUCUUGGAGUCAAUACACACAGAGAAAAUUCCAGAAGAACCGCCACCCCCGUCCUACCUCCCAGUAUAACCAGAGACUCUUUGGAGGAGACAUGGAGAAGUUUAUCCAGAGCUCAGGCCAGCCUGUUCCCCUGGUGGUAGAGAGCUGUAUCCGCUUCAUUAACCUCAAUGGUCUACAGCAUGAGGGCAUCUUCCGAGUAUCAGGUGCCCAGCCCCGGAUCUCAGAGAUCCGGGAUGCCUUCGAGAGAGGAGAGGACCCUCUGGUAGAAGGCUGCACUGCCCAUGACCUGGACUCAGUGGCCGGGGUGCUGAAGCUCUACUUCCGGAGCCUGGAGCCCCCACUCUUCCCCCCAGACCUGUUCAAUGAGCUGUUGGCUUCUGCAGAGCUGGAGGCUGUGGCUGAGCGGGUGGAGCCUGUGAGCCGCCUGCUGGCCCGGCUGCCUGGCCCCGUGCUGGUGGUUCUGCGCUACCUUUUCACCUUCCUCAACCACCUGGCCCAGUACAGCGAUGAGAACAUGAUGGACCCCUACAACCUGGCUGUGUGCUUUGGGCCGACGCUGCUGCCCGUGCCUGCUGGACAGGACCCAGUGGCCUUGCAGGGCCGGGUGAACCAGCUGGUGCAGACACUCAUCCUGCAGCCUGCACAGGUUUUCCCAGCCCUGGCCACACUGCCAGGCCCUGUCUAUGAGAAGUGCAUGGCGCCACCUUCGGCCAGCUGCCUGGGGGAUGCCUUGCUGGAGAUCCCUGUGGGGGAGAACGAGCCAGAGCUGGAAGCUGGGACCUCAGCUCAAGAGGAUGACCUGGAGGGGGUUGUGGAGGCCGUGGCCUGCUUCACCUACACAGGCCGCACGGCCCAGGAGCUGACCUUUCAGCGAGGGGAUAUUCUGCGGCUGCAUGCACGGGCCUCAAGUGAUUGGUGGCGGGGGGAGCAUGCUGGCGUGCGGGGACUCAUUCCCCACAAGUACAUCACGCUGCCUGAGGGGUCAGAGAUGGGCACCCCACCUGAGGCUGUGGACCCCUCUGGACACAAACGACACUGCUUGGUCCCAACCUCCCCAGAGCGACAUGUGGAGGUGGAUAAGGCUGUGGCACAGAACAUGGACUCCGUGUUUAAGGAGCUCUUGGGGAAGGCUGCUGUCCGCCAGGGCCUUGGGCCAGCAGCUCCUGCCUCCACCAGCCCUGGGCCCCGAAGCCCAAAGCCUCUGGCCUGUAGCCGCCUCGGCAGGAACAAGGGUUUCUCCCGUGGGUCUGGGGCCCCAGCUUCACCCUCUGCCUCCCAUCCCCAGGGCCUAGAUUCAGCCCUCAAGCCACACUGACAUGCUCUGGUGGAACCAGUGCAGGUCCUGCCUUACUCCAAGUGGCUUCCAGCAAGUCCACCAUUCUCCCUAGGUCCUUUGCUUCUUCUCAUCCCUGGCUAAGGGCCCUUAGGGAGGCAGCCAGGGAAGGAGGCUGGGGGCAAGCCCCUCCGCGGCUUUGCUGGGAGCACUCGUCAGUGGCUUUGGGUGGCAGGUGUUGGCAGUGAUUCAUAAAGA